UUAUCCACACUAUUAUAACACCGUUAAUUAAAUUAGUAUUUUAUUUAAGUUUAUGAUAUAUACUUUCGAGAGAUUUACUUUAAUUAUAUUAGUGUAGUUUAUAAUUAAUGAGUUUAUGCAAUUUAGCGAAAACGAAGCAAUGGAGUAGAAAAAUAAUAAAUUGCAACGCGCAAUUUAUUAAAUGAUGAAACAGAAGUUGUAGAAUCGAUACCGGUGUCACGUUAUGCCGUUAUUUUAUUAUAUAUGUGUAUAUAUAUAAGUAAUAAUGCCACGGGAGGUAGUAAACCGCGGGUAUUGCCGAGUAAGAGCAACUGACUCACGUUAUGGUCUCGCACUCGUAUUUACCGCGUUUCUGUCCCCACCGCUUUGAUAAACAAGUCGCGUUUAAAUAUAAACAUAUAUAAUAUAUGUAUAUAUAAUAUAAUAUAAUAUAUAUAUAAUAUAUGUAGAUAUAUAUGCUUAUGUGUAUCCUGAUUUCCUUGCUGUUAAUCGCGACAAUUAAUAAUUAAUUAUGCAAUUACAGUCACGUGGAAUCGAGUAGUUGAUUUGAUAAGUGAUAAUAUCGGGCAAUGGAAUCUUACAUUUGAGAUCAUCAACAUCGAAACAUUUUCCAAUUUGACACACACAUAUGAGUCAACUGCUUGGAUUAUGUUUUGCGAAUAAAUCGAAUCCAAUAAUUAUGAGUGCAGACUUGGUGGAUUCAAUCGAUCAAUAUCUAUCGAGUGCUAUAAAAGCACCAAUUACUGUGAUUAACCACAAAUUCAAAUCGAAAAAUAUUAUUCCGUAUCACCCUUCGCAUCCCACUUACGUGAUAUCUGCUGAUUUAACUGAUGACCUUCAAACUCUUCUUCAUGAAUUCAAAUCAUCUCCUGCCUGGAACAUUGUCUCUCAUUUCUUUGUUGUUGGAACUGAUAAAAAGUCCUGUCAAAACAAUGCAGCAAAGGUUCUCCGAUUAUUAUGGAGAUCGGAUUUAUUAUCAUCAUUCUAUUUAUGCCCCGAGACCAGCAAUGACACAUCAAUAUAUACUUUUAAUCCCUUCACUAAUUAUGCACCCGAUCCGUGGGUACAAGUGGCAAUAACUGAUAAACCUAAUAGUCGAUGGACGUUGUUCAAACAACUGUUUGUCAAAGAUCCCAAAAUCUGUCAUGUUCUUCAGUUCGAUAAAACCAAAAUUCUGGAUGGUUAUAGUGUAAAGACUCUUUCAUCUUGGGGAGGGAUUGAAUUUUUUAAGAAAUUUAUAGUUCCGAGCUUAAACCUCACGAAUAGUGAACGUUUUUAUGUACUGAAUGCCACACUAUUAGAUAUUUACCUUUCAUUACAUACUAAAAGAAGUGAUGUUAGUGUAAUAGGUACUCCACUUUCUUGGAUUAAUUAUAAUUUCAGUGAUUUUAUUUCCUUAAAUUUCGAACAAAGUUUUUUAAUAGCCACACAAAAGCGAAGUGUUAUAACACCAUUUAGUGAACUUAAUUUUAUAUUUAAUGUUAAUACUGUUAUAGUUAUGGUAAUUAUUUUCUUAUUAAUUAUUGUAAUAAUAGGACUGAACAAUAGGUAUCGAUUUGGUGCAGCUUUUUUAGAUGUCUAUCUAAUGGUGUUAAAUAUGGGGAUUUUGUUACCUCUUGAUAGAUUAGCUAUGCGCAUCAUUUUUUUCUCUGCGUUCCUAUUCAUAUUUAUAUCAAGUCCAAUCCUGCAAGGUGAAUUGUUUGCAGUUUUAGCAAAACCUACAUAUCACAAUAUUGAAAGUCUUGAGGACUUAUAUCAAUAUAAAUACCAUGUACAUUAUUCUGGCCUUCUAGGUGAAGAUAUUAAAAAUGCGGGAUUAUGGACAACUGAUUCGGAUAUGCAAUAUUUACACCAUGAUAAUGGUAGCCUUUCAUUUGAGUGUUUAGAACUAGCUAGCAAAGAUAAAACUGUAGCGUGUAUUUACGACGCUGAAUUUAUAUUAGAGAAUGCUUUUAAAUAUGGACUACAUGUAUCCAAUAAGUUACUAUUUCCAUCUAAUUAUAUUUAUAAUGCCCGUAAAAACUGGGCCUUAAAAAGUCGCGUUGAUCAGAAAGUUUUACAUUUCAUUGAAGCUGGUUUUAUUAAUCGAUACGAGAGAUUGUUGAUCUAUAAUCGAUUAAAAAAAAUGAAGGUCAUUGAAAACAUUAAAAAAUCUAAACAAUCAGAAAUCAUAGACGGUGAUGAUUUAAUGUAUGCGUUUGUAUUAAUGGUACAUUUAUUACUUUUGGCUGUAGUCAUAUUUGCUAUUGAAAGGCUUAAUAAAAUCAUUAGACCCCCAAGGCAAUUAGAAAGGGAAAAUGAGGAACGACAAGAUGAAAUUGUGUUCAUUAAUGAAGAUAGAGUCGUUCUUGAUUGAUGCGUGCGUAUAUAAUUAUAUAUUCUGUUUUGAUCAUGUCUGUUUAAUAAUUGGGCGGAUUUUUGCAAUAACGUCUUAACUAACCUUAUAAGUCCCAUUGUUCAAAAGUUAUUUAAGCAUCAAGUCAAAUUUAUAGUAAAUUUUUAGAUUUUUUUACUUUUCUGGAGAAACUAUCAGUCUUAUCAGAAAAUAUCAUAGAAACUUUUUUGUAGAUAAUUUUAUUCCUCACAAAUUAUUACGAAUAAAGUUUUUCGAAAUUUUGCGUUGUUUUCAAGUUAUGUCCAUUUCAAUUUAAAGCUCUUAAAAAAAUAGAUUUCUGAUUAAUUUCAAGAGCUUGACAUUGAAAUAAUAAUAAAUUGAAAACAAUGCGGAAUUUUGAAAAAUUUUACUUGUAAUAAUUUGUAAGAAAUAAAAUUAUCUACAAAAAAGUAUCUCUGACAUUUUGUAAUAAGUCUGAUAGUUUCGCCGGAAAAGUGAAGAGAUCCCAAAAUUUACUAUAAAUUUGACUUGAAACUUGAAUAACUUUCGAACAGUGGGAUUUAUCAAAAAAUGAUAAGAGACUUUUUUUGUAGAGCGUUCAAUUUUCUACACAAAGUUUUAUUGCGCAUAGAAAUCCGUUGAGCGGUCUGUAAGCUAGAAAAUUCUAAAAAAAAAAAAAAUUUUUUUUCUAUGUUAUUUAAAAUAGGAAAAUAGAAAAAUGGAUUGAGGCAAACCUUUAUAUUAUGAUUAAGAGCUCGGAUUGGCACCAAAAUUUUUAUUUUCAGGUAUACUUUCAAUUUUUGAAUACCAAAAAAAAAUUUGUUUUUUCUGAAACACCCUAAUAUGGAGUCUCGAUUUUUAUGAUAUUAUAAAAAAUCAAACACUACUACCAUUUCCUAAUUACGUAAACUCUAUAAUGUUUGAUAAUCUUGUAGUAAACAAAUAUCGAAUUGAUGCAUUUAUAUGAAUUUAUAUUUAUCGAAUAAUUUUCUGACACAUUGUGUUGUUUGUUUUAUCAUUAGUCGCAUACUUCUGUUGUGAAUAUAGUAAAUGAUCUUGUUGUAAAAUCAUGGGAUUGCUAUGUA